UUUCCUAACUAAUAUCAGAAACCACGUGAAUAUUAUUUUGUAGGAAUUAUGAUAGAAAUCGAAUAAAAUAUUAACAAUAAAGAAUUGUUUUCAUUCGACAAUUGUUUUAUGUAUCAUGAGAAUCCAAUCAUGUAUUCGUUGUAUUAAUACAACGCUGAGAAAUGAUCUUUCAUUCACCAGUGUUUAUGGCUUUCGACAAAAUGGUUUCGCGGCCCACCACUAGCUUAGUAUAUGCGUUGUUUUGGUAUAUCCGCAAUGCAGGCGUGCCUAAGUUUUAUAAUCAGAUAGUUAGUGAGGCUGUGAUAUUUCUGGAUAAAACCUAAUUCUUAAAAUAAAGGAUAAAAAAUGGAAAGUAACAGCUCAGAGGAUUCCUGUUUAUCAGAGUAUUCAACAGAAUCAUCAGAUGAAGAUGGAAUGGAAGUAGCUCAAAUAAAUGGUACAAAGCUUCUUCUUCCACAAGGUUUAUGUGAUAAAGAAGAUGUUUUCAAAGAAUUCUUCUCUCCUAACUUAUGGAAUUCCUUAUCAAAUGAAAAUAAAGCCCAUCUACAAACUUUUUUGCCAAAUUUCCCAGAGAACGAUGAAGAAGAAAAAAAUAUUACUCUGGAAAAACUAUUCAAUUUCGAAAAAUUCAAAUUCAUAAGUCCUCUUCAACAAUUUCACGAAAAUCUUAAAGCAGGAUACUUCAGACCAGACAUUGCUAAAAUGAGAAGUAUGAUAAGGAAAGCUGAGCAUAGAGAAGCAAAAUAUAGAUAUAAAAAUCAUAAAGAAGCUUUGAAAUAUUCUGUUUUGGAGUCUAGAAGGAAUUUAUUGAAUCAAAUUAGAAACUUGCCACCAGGGACUGAUCCAAGAAUAGAAAAAGUAGAUGUAACUAAUUCAGAUAUAAUAAGGCAUAGAACAAAACGAAGAUAUUUUCAAAUUUUAUCAUCUAUCAAAGCAAGGACGGAAGAAAUUUGUUCUUCUGAUGAAAAUUAUUUAGAUAAUACAGUAUCUAUAUCAAGAAAGCAGAAAAGAUAUCUGAAUAGUAUAAAAAAUUCUUUGCCAAAUAGUUCAGAGCAGAAGUUUUUCUGUAGUUAUACAGGAACUAGUAGUAUUAACAAUUUAGAAUGGUUUAUCACUCCAAAUUCAAAUCCCUUUUAUAUUAAUGAAGAUGCAUAUAGGACCAUUUUAAGAAAACAUAAAAAGAGAAAACAGGAGGAUGUUGAAAAUCCAGAAUUCAAUACUAGGAACAUCACUCUUCAUGAUGUGAUACAUAGGACUCAAUUACCUUACUUAAAAAUAGUAAAAAUCCCAUCAUCAAAAAAUUGUACUGGUGAUCCAAGACCUCCUAGUAGGAAGAAAGUUAAAAGAGAUUCUAAUUAUUUUAAUCAUUUGCGGAAUAUACAUCCACCUUUAACAUCUAAUAGUGAAAAUGAAAGUGAUUGUGAUUCAGUUAUUGAUGCAGUGACAGUUCAGCAAGUGAAGCAUAUAAAAAUCGAGAAUAAAUCAGCUAAAACUCCUAAAUUACCUCCACUUAAAACUGUGAAAGUAGAAGUAAAAAAAGAGCCAGAAGAAAUAACAGUUGUCCCUGUGUCUCAAGAGGUUAUAACACCUAGUUCGAAUGUUAUAAACUCAAUCAGUAGCUAUUCACAGUAUGGUAAAAUUAUGCCAGUCACCCUUUCAGAUUUAGAAGGUAUCGACAUGAUGAAUUUACCCAUUGAUUUAGAUAAUUCUGACAUUGAUAUAUUGGAUAUAAAUAAUAAACCAGAAUUGAUGCAAGAAACACAUUCAAAUUUUUUGUCACUCAUUAGGGACAUUAUAUGCUCUACUCCUGAACAUAGAAUGGACUUUCCAGUUUUAGAAAAAAGGCUACAAACCUGGCAAGAAAGUCCAAUAAGUCCAUUAAAUGAUUGGUAUUCUCAUUGUGAUAGUUGGGUAGGCGUUUUAAAAUCAGCUGUUAAUUUUUUAUGUGGUAAUGCUACAGAAUUGCCCAAUGAUUUUGUUCCAUAUUUAGAAUAUAAACAACAAAUUGACGCAUAUCAAUGGAUUGGAGCUGGUAGAGACAGUGAUGGUCUUCUAGCUCCUUUAUGUAAAUUUUGGCUGGAUCAUCGAGAAGAUUCCAACUCAGUAAAAGUGAAAGAAGAGGUAGAGGUUGAACUAAGUGAUAGAGCUCAAACACCACCUCCACCAAGGUGUCCCACUAACUGGACUAUAAGGAAAGCAACUCAAGAAGAGGUUGAAAAGUUUCAAGAACAAGAAAAAAAAAGAUACGAAAAUCCGCAUAAAGCGUUCACAUAUUGUUGUAACGGUUACGAGUCUGUUGUAGCUCCCUUAAAAGGAAUAUAUAAUCCCUCUGUUGGCAAUGCUAAAGCAAGGGGACAUUCUAUUUUAACUGCAGAUCGACCAAACUUUGUUACAAUUCUAUCUUUAGUGAGAGAUGCGACAGCAAGGUUACCGAAUGGCGAAGGUACAAGAGGUGACAUUGUGGAACUUUUGAGGCAAUCACAGUAUAUAAGUACAAUGGCUACUGACAGUGUACUACAGACAGUUGUCAGUGGCGCAUUGGAUAGAAUGCAUACACAGUUUGAUCCAUGUGUGAAGUAUGACACCAAACGGAAGAUCUGGAUAUAUCUCCACAGAAACCGAUCCGAAGAAGAUUUUGAAAAAAUUCACCACCUGCAGAGUGCGACUAAGACAAUCAAAAAACCUCCCAGAAGGUCUCCCGCCAAACCAAAAGUGAAACAGACUAACGAUAAAAUAAAACAAUCAAAGGAAAAUAAUACAUCCCUGGAAAAUAACACAGAAAAAAUCAGAACUUCAAGAAAAACCGCGCAGGCUACAAAUAUUGCUCUCUCCUCCCCUGGUUUCUCAAAUCUAAAAACAAAUUCUCUUUUGAUAAGUAACAAUAUGCACCAACGAGAGCCGUCACCUCCUACAAUACAAAUACUGGAGAAUAUACCAUCAUCACCGUCACAAUCACCAGAGGAUCAGGAAAUCAGCCAAGCACUACAAGCUAUUGUGGAUAGCCACAUUCCGAGUCCAAAAUUGAAUAAAACGAAAUCACUUGUUAGAAUUUUAUCUCCAUCUCAAAGUAAAUCAUUAAUUUCACCAUCAGCUACUGUAAUGAAACAAGAAAAAAUAUGUUUUAAACCAGCUAAUGAUCAGGUUGUAACGCAGCAAUUAAUACAAGUUGCUGGCAAUCAAAAACAAACAAUUCAAGUAAUUCAAACCCAGAAUGCAGAGGAUGAAAGUGGCAAAAAAACUAAAUUAUUAACAAGUUCACAACCUCAGCAAAUCUUACAAAAUGUAACACCGCAACAACUACAAAAUAUAAAGAAUAUUACUUUGUUACGAAAUAAUUCACCAAUUCAGAAUAUUGAUUUAUCAUCUUCAAUUUUAACAUCCACCUCGAGUGAUAGUAAUGAAGUGAAGAGCAUAACUGUUACUGUAAGUAAACCUACAUCGUUGGCAGAACAAAUUGUGCAACCUGGUAUUCAAAUCAAAACACCCAAUAAUCUCACACCUGCGCAGCAACAACAAAUUCUUCAAACGAUAAAGCAGAAAAUUUUACCUCAAACCGUGAUUGCCUCACAACAACAACAAUUGCUUUUGAAACAGAAGUUGGUUCAAAAACAAGGGCAUAAUACAACGCAAGGAAUUUCAUUACUAGGUCCAGCUAAAAUCAAUACAGAUACAAAUACAUCAAAAGCUGGCAUUAUUUCUAAUCAAACACCAGUGGUAGCCAAAGUAUUAACAAAUGCAGCUGGGCAAGUCAUUUCAGUCGAGAACUUACUAGCACAUCAAAAACAGCAUGGUUCUUUACCACAAGGGACUACUUUGAGAGUUUCGGGAACAAAGGGAGGUCAGCCAAAUAUAAUACAUCUUACAGGAACAUCAAAGCAAAAUACUAUUGCUCAGUUUGCAGUUGCAUCACAAAAUAACAUUAUAACCUUAACUACACAGCCAAAACUGGUCGUUGCCUCUCCUACAACAUCUGUUACUUCUACUUUGACUUCAAACAAAACAAACAAUCGGGAAAGGAUCAGAGGGACUCAUUUGACGAAAUUGCCUCCUAAAGUGACUCAGCAAUUAAUUAAUGCAAAAAUUAUUCAAAAUAUAGAAGGUCAAAAAGUUGGACAACAAAAACUGAUUGUCGGUCAAGGAGCCCAAUUGAAACUGACUACCCCUACUGGAAAAAAUGUUUCAUUACAAAAACCCACUUUGAAUCUUGCCGCAAAUUCAAAUUCUAUCAGAAUGGUAAAUACAGCUAAUUUGAAUUUGACACACAUAGGAGGAAAGCCAGUGCUGUUUGCUAGUAAAGGAGCUACAAUCCAAAAUAUUCAAGGUCAAAAUGUAAUACUCCAAACGCAGCCAGGCUCAUCUGGACCGUCUUUGGUACUUCAAAAUAGUAAAAACUUUCAAUCGUCCACUAUUCCUAAGAGUUCUAAUAAUAUUAAUUUAAUCAAUCAACAAAACGUAUUACUGGGGUCUCAAGUGAAAAUGCAGCAGCCGCAAGUGGUUUUCAAAAAUAAUACUAUAAAUCAAGUGACGCAAAGUCAUAUAGUAUUGGGAGGACAACCUGUAAGAUUACAUACCAGUACGACCCCCACAACUCAAAGAUUGGUGUUAGCUAGUCAGGGACAAGGUGGACAAAUAGUUGCCCAGCAGAUUUUACUUCCUGCUGGAUUUCAAGGGACUGCAAUAAAUAUUAAAGCCCUCCAAGGUGUUAAAGUUAUUCCUAUUGCUCAAGCUCACAGUCAGAAUAGAAAUCUUCAAAGUAGACAAGUAUUUGCUCGAGUUGUGAGUCCUACAAUAAAUGCGAAGCCCCAGCAAAGUACAAAUACUAAUGAAAAGCAAGAGGAGCCCAAUUCUCAAGAAGAAGUGUAAAUAUUUAAGGUUAGGUAUAAGUAUAAAAUGUAAGAAAUAUUAUUUUAUUUCAGUUAAAAUUGUAAAUAGUACUAAAAUAUUUAGAUGUUUUAAUUUGUGAUUUGUAAUUAAAUGCAAUGAUUUUAACGAAAUUUUAAGUUAAAUUAAUUUAUGAAUGUGUAAUGUUUGUUAUAUGCAAAGAACAAUUUAGUUGACACAAAAGAUGUGACUCCAUUUGUUACAUAAAUCGGAAUUUUUAGCUA